GCUCGGCUCAUUCAGCCCUCCCCUCCCGCUCAGGGCUCAGCCGCUCAGGGGACUCCCUCGUUCCACCUCGUCGCCCCCUCCAUCUCCUCCCUGUGUUUUUUAAACCUUUCCCUUCUCUCGGACUGUCUCCUCCCUUCCUCUUCCAUCCCUGGCGGCGACGACUGGGCGAGCGGCGGCGCCAUUUGUCCUGUCUUCGCCCAGCCCUUUGCCGGCGACGAGCGCAUCGUCCAGAUCAAUUCCUACUUCUCUGGUGAUGCCCGCAUUUCGGAUCAAGAUUGAAGGAUAGAGGAAAAUACAUGAGUUGAGGUUGAGGGUAAACAGAGGAACUUAUUCAUAGGAACUGGAUGAUCAGAUUACUUCAUUAUGUUUAAAGCUUAUUAAGUAAUAUACUGCAACAGAUAGUUUGUUGCAUGCUGUCACAUGAGCUGUACAGAUGACUCCAAAAUGGAAUGGACUCUCUUCAAAUAACUACAGAGAACUAUCUUCACAUGUAAUUGAAGAAUCCAAAUCAACCUUAACAGAAACAGUCCUUUCACCCACAAGCAGUUUUGAUUUACCAACUGCCAACACAAUGUGCUCCCUAUCUCCACAGAAGAAGGAUGGCAAUGUUUAUAAAAGGCAGAAGAUGGAUAAGGAUUCAAAUUCUCUUGCGACGAAUGAAGAGGCUAAAGAAACGAUGACUCAAAGUUGCACAACUUCUGAUGAGCAGUCGUCAUUAGUGCUACCUGCAGUCUCCUCAGAAGCAACACCUUCCAAUUCAACAGCCAACAUGAUAGGUCAUAUCCUCGAUUGUGAAAGGCCUACAGGGGUUUCAUCGGAGCCGAAUUCUGGUACUAAUGUUUCAAAUAUGUCACCAUCUUCCAUGAUUCUAGACAAAAAGGAUGCUCCUGAAUGUUCAUCUUCAAAUAUCAGCCCUACUGAACCAAUUACUGAGCAUAUGUCACCAAGGGAUCUUUGCAUCGCCAUACUGAAAAAAGAUGGACUCAUAACUGAAUCAAGAGCAAGAAUUAAAAAUGAAUUCACUGACAAUGAUGCCAACCCAUUAUUGGCAUGCAAUACUUGUGGCUGCUUGGAUCGUUCAUUAAAGAUGCUAAUAUGUGAUUCUUGUGAAGCAGCAUUUCAUUUGCCUUGUUGCAUCCCUUGUAUUAAGGAACCACCAACUGAUGAAUGGUAUUGUGCGCCAUGCUUGUGUAAGAAACCUAAGAGCCUUUAUGGCAAACUCUUGGAGGGCAAGGUCAAACCUUCCAGGAAUACUAACCAAAGGCCUCAUGGCAUGAGUCAUAUAGAGUACAUGCUUAAGGAUGCUGAACCAUAUGUUACUGGCGUUCGAAUUGGUAGAGAUUUUCAAGCAGAAGUGCCAGAAUGGUCUGGUCCAACCUCCAGCAGUGAUGGGUAUUUUGACGAGCCCUCUGAAUUUGACCAUGCUGAACUAACUAAUUUUAGUUUGCACAAAACAAGUAAUCAAAGUCAAUCUUCCAUUGGUAAUUGGAUACAAUGCCGUGAGACCUUAAAUCCAGGUGACUUUGACAAACAAGUUGUCUGUGGCAAAUGGAGAAGGGCACCCCUAUAUGUUGUACAGACAGAUGAUUGGGACUGUUUUUCUUGUCUUCUUUGGGAUCCUGCACAUGCUGAUUGUGCUGUUCCACAGGAGUUGAAGACCAGUGAUGUUCUGAAGCAGCUGAAGUUUGUAAACACGCUAAAGAACCAGCUGGUGGACCAAAACCAAAAGCCUGCUUAAAUCCCAGUCACAGCGGGGUGGUUCCAAAUUGUAUGAUUGAGUCACCCUAUGUGGGGUUAUCAUGUAACUAGCCAUCAGUAGUCAAUAGAACAUAUGUGAAUUUUGCUGUUGUAGCCUGUUCAACGGGUCGACACGCUUUUCCCCUCUGUACUGCCCUCUAUAGGUUUUUGGUACAAAAAGAAUUGUACAACAUAGUUCUGUCUGCGCAGUUCUGGAAGCAGCGCGUCGAUACUGUGUAGUUGCUGCUAAUGUUCCUGUAAUCCUGAGCCAAGUUUUGUUCCAUGUAACUUUUGGAUGAGGCUGGAUGAAGAGGGAAGUGGGGGAAGGUAUUGUCUGCUAUUUCAUGAAUUAUAUCGUACAGGGAUGUAAUUUUGUAAGAUGCCGAUAGCGUGUUUGUGCAUGACAGAUGAGUGUGAGGGAGCCCUUUUCACCAUUAUUAAUGAAUCCAUUUGACUUCGCAGGUGGA